ACGAAGGAUACGCCUCAGCAUCCUCCGAAUUCCCGUGAAAGAAGGUCGCAUUCGAGUGCUGCAUUCGAAGUGUCCUACUCGCUUUUCUGAAACGAGACAGCCUCGAUGACGUAUGCGGCCGGCAAAUGCGACCUUCGGAGGUCGCAUCCUUCCAAACCAGACACAGCCUUAGACGAACGCGUUCCAAAGCGGAUUAUCGACGGUGAACACUCAUUGAAAGAAAUGGCAGGAUUGGGGAUUUACAAACUUGAUGAUGGAGAAAGUUACCCUUCACAUUGUUUCCCAAUAAGAUCAUUCUUUCUUCCAAGAAACGAAGGGGCAGGGUACUGGCUUGUAGCACACAGAAAAACACUGGAGGAGAGGAUAUCAAAAAGGAAAAAAGCUUCAGGGUCGAGUUUUGAAGUGCACUCUAAGAAACAUGAACAGGGAAGGCCUGCAAGUGCUAGCAAUACUUUAGAUGCACAACUUCUGAUUAAGCUUCAUUGUGUAGAAAAGCCCUCUGACCUCUGUUCUGUUCACAUCAGUGACCAGGGUUUGCAAACGGUCAAACAUGAGGGUUUGGAAAACUUUGAUAAUAUUGCUUACAUAAAUGCCUCUGAUAACAGUUUAACUUUAGAAAAUUUUAGCAGGUUUCCUGCAUUGAGGGAAUUGGAACUGUCACUGAAUGGUCUUCAAACUUUGGAGGUUCAUGCUGAAGAUUUCCAAAAACUGGAGGUGUUGGACUUGUCCUUCAAUAAAAUAACAGGUGAAAGUAUAUUGAAUCUAGGCCUGUUACCACGUCUGAAGGAUCUUCAUCUAACUGGAAACCAACUGCAGAUGCUUCCACUCAAUAUGGCUGGCCCUUGUACCUGUCCUGAAGAAACCACACACCAGUGUGUCUUACUAUUUAAAACUCUGGAGGUUUUGAUGCUUGAUGACAACAAAUUAUCUUCCCCUGGAGUGUUUUUGAGCCUUGCUAAUUUAAAAAGGCUUCACCAUCUAAACCUACAAGGAAAUUACAUCUCAGGGGUCCCAUUCUUAGAACAGAUGGCAACACUACAAGAUGCUCAGACAAGCAUGAUAGCACACAGCAUCAAACAGAGGUCUGAGAGCAUCGCUUCCCCUGUUCAGGAGGUCACAUUGAAUGGCAAGAGGAUAAAGUACCCUGAAAUUCUGAUGAGCCAGCAAAAGUCUAGCGAAAGAACAUACGAUGAGAACAAAGUAUGUCUUACGACACAUUCAGAUCCCUCAAAAUACUUUGAUCAGACAAAGGAGGAUGGAUGCUCUGAAGAUUUCUGCCUACCUUUCCCAGAACUUCGUCAUCUGAAUUUGGCCAACAAUGAGAUAGCUGAGGAAGAAGCAUUGUUGCCUGUGGCAUUGUUUCCAAAGCUCAGUGAGCUUGUUAUUCACUCAAACCCCUUGACAACACAGAGAAGUGGUGAUCCCCCCAUAUUGACCUGUUUUCUCCAAGACAAACUGGGUAUUAAGAUAAAACGCAAAAAGACAACUGAUCUUGUUAAGCCACAUAUUACACUCCCUUUCCAUCGUGAACGAAAGGUGAAAACUAAAAUUCCAGAAGUACCAAAUGUUCCUUUGAUCAUGGCGAAUCGACAAACUUCUGAACAGCUCUGCAUAGAGAAACAUACUCGAGAAGAUAGUCCUCGACCCCCAGAGUAUGGAUCAACUCAUGUAUUUGGCUUCUCGUCUCAAACAAGCAUUGAAGAAGAGGAUGACAUUGCCAUAGGCGAUGAGCACUUAGAAAUGGCGAGUGCAGACCUAUCCUGUGAGGCUAAUCAAAAUGCAGAGUCGUUCUUUGUGACAGAGGUUCAUGGUCUACAUGAAUCUGAGUGUCAGGAAGAACAACAUGAUGAAACCAGCCUGAUGAUGAAAAAAAACUGUAAAGUAUGUCCAAAGAAACUCACUGGCUAUGAAAUCUUACUUGAUGAAACACCUGAGCUAGAAAUGUUUUCUGGAAUUCAGCAUGCCGUUAGUGUUUUGGAGCACACACUCAAGAAUCUGCUUGUGUACAGAGAUUCAAAAGCGAAUCUUGACCGUCCUCAGAAACCGUACACUGAAAGAAAGAAAAAGAUUAGAAAUUUGCCACCUCUGGGACCAAAGAAGACAAAAGGAGAAAAAGUUGAGGAAAUCCUCACCCAAAUAAAGGAGACCAAAACAAUCAGCAAAGCUCCCUUAGAUUAUGUCCUCAACAAAAGGAAUGAUGCUUGUAAGAGAGAAUAUGAGGAAGCACUGACUUUGCUGAAGGACAUGAAGAGGAGAUACAGGAUGACCCAUCUUAAAACAGUGGAACAAGCAGCACAGCUUGAGACUGAGAAGACCUGGAAUAAUCUGAACUAGCAGGUGCUUUACAUUCUGCUUCUUUUUUCAUGAAUCAGUUUGUUACAGUUUACAUUUCUUGGAUUUUGCAACAAAACACUGUUUAAAAAGACCAGUAUAUGUUAUCAAGAUGGCAAAAGAGAAACUGUGAUUUUUUUUGUUUUGUUUUGAUUGCAAAUAAAUAGUAUUUGUCUUAUU